CUCCAGUAUUGCAGGGACCAACAAGUUGCAUUCAGUGAAAUAUGAAUACCUUCGCGUCUGCUGGGCGUAGCAGCCCUAACUCGUCACUCCCCCUAUAUAAGCUUAGCAUUGAGCUUGUCUCCAUGAUUCUUACCUCCUGCUGUGACACCGGUAUCCCACUCACGCUGUACAAUUGGAAGAGGCUGCUGAGGUCGCUCUUGGCUAUCACAUCGGUAUCCAUUGGGCUCCGCAAUGCGGCAAUUGAAACUCCUGCGUUAUGGCUUCAGGUCUUCAUCAUGCCAGGCCGCAUUGAUAAAGCGAGUUGCCUCAAUUCGCUCAAUAUCGCCAAGCUGUUUUUUCAGCGUGCAAAGAAGAGGAAGACGACCAUUUUUAUUUGCUUCCCACCCCCCUUCCCGAUGGACCAGAUCCCUGUGUCCACAUUCCAGGAAGUUAUUGGUCUUGCGUUAGAGACAUGCGAGGAUUUCACUCUACUCAUCUCACGACAAGAAUGCAUGAACGUUAUUUUCCCUCUUCCGGGAAAGCUUCGGAAUUUGAAGAAGCUGAAGGUGUUUGGUGUUGACUACUGCUGGGACGGUCAUCUCUUUAAAGAGGAUGAUCCUGAGGUUCGGCUUGACACAUUGGAAAUCCAAACACCAAUCAGUCGACUGAGCGCUCUUUCAGAGUUCAACAAGUCUAUGGCAUCUUCGAUCCGCACUUGCACGCUGGAUGGCAUGGUAGACUCCUUGGAUGAGUGUACCGAAUUCUUCAAUAACGCCGUCAAUAUUAAACACUUGGAAUUAGGGUAUGGAUUUUUGGUCACAUCCCAUCGCCUAUCCGUCGCCCUCGCAGCCAGUUCCCCUGUGACACUACCAGCACUCACCAGCGUCAAACUUGGCUCCUCUUCCCACAAGUAUUUCUUUGAACGUUUAUCUUUCCCUUCGCUUCGCCACCUCUCUCUUCGAGCAGAUUGCCACCUUUCUCUCGACCAGAUAUCGCACCCACCGCAAUGGUCACCAAAUGGAGAUGAACCACCUCUCUGCACACUCUCCGUAUCAGCCAGUACAUUGCUGAGCGCCAUCCCUGCCAUCGCAAUGCUCAUCGUAUGCAUGGAUGUUGUCAUGUUAGAGUGCCAGACAACCCACGAGACGCUCAACAAAUUACUUGAUUUUAUUGGAAGCUUCUCCGUUCCACGUGACAGCGAAGGGGGGUGGGGAGCUUUCGAACGACUGUCGUACUUCCGUAUCAAUUAUGAUGGCCCGCCGCUUAGCGACGCUCAGACAGUGGUGGCAGCGAACUGGAUCGAACACAUCUUGACUCACAAGCCCAACUUACGUGUAGAUUAUUAUGACACAAGCACCGAUGAGCCUUUUAGUGAGAUGCCAUUUGCGGGACUCGAGACUUCCUUCCCCAGCCGUUUCAGGCCUGACUACGCAAUGGGAGGCUUUGGCGUAGACAGUCUGGAGAAAUUAUACGAGGGGUCAUUAACGGCGGAAAAAGCAGGGGUCGGGGAGCAGCGUUAGGACACAGGGUCCCAAUGAGCGAUAUUUCUAUUUCUAUUUCCCAUCGCGGACGGCUGUGACCCUAACUCGCGAUUUUCCUUUCAAAGUUGUUAUGGCUGCUGACCACCGAUGCACUCUCUGAUCACAAGAUUCCACGUCGUAUAAUUCGUCCGCUUCAAGAUAUUUGAUGUAAUUUUACAAGACGAGUUGUUGACUGCGUUGUCGUCGCAGAAGCUGGCUGUCAUCACGAUGACUUUGGCGCAAGUGCGGGUCUUAUUUUUCCCACGCAAUACAUGUCUGGCAGUGCCUGUUGCUGUUGGGAGUUGAUUUCCAAUGCCAUCUUGGGUCGGGGGCAAGGU